CUGGAGCUUCACGCGCCUCAAUGACGUCUCCGGGAGCUCCGGUAUAAAGACGGGUGGUCCCGGGGUCCACCGCUGAUGACCCGCGUUCAAGGCCUCUCAGCGCGGACCGAGCCGCCCGCCCCUCCCCGGUCCUCCGCGCUCACUCCCGGACUCUGCCCGCCGCUCCGCGCUCCUCCGCACUCACUCCCGGACGACUCCGCCCGCCGCUGCCCUGAGUUUUCCGUCGGAGAAGCAUCUUUUCCCGGUGAGCUGCGCACCUAGCGGUCCGGACUCCAGGACCCACAACCCUGCCGCGGAACUCCCGGGCACUCCCCCGCUGCGGUCCGGUUCUGCCGCAGCGCCGACCCGCAGUGUGUCUGCGGGCACAGUCGUCAUGGAGUUCCGGUGGAGCGCCUCCCGGUGCUCGGACACUCCGAGGUAACCGAGGACGCGAGCAGCGUGUGUGGGGAGAGCGGCGACCUGUUGCCGGUGCGCGGUGGCGCAGAGAGAAUGAGCGGAGCGUCCGGAGUCCCGCUGCCGCUGCUGCCGCUGCUGCUGCUGCUCAGCGGCCGCGCUGCCUUCACGGCCUGCCGGUCCCUGAACGCACCAGAGGAGGGAGUGCUCCUGGUUCCGGACCGGACCGACACGCUGACCGCUGCCUCGGGAGCAGGUGUGGACAGGAGGCGGCGCCAUCUGCUGGGCAGGACAACACCUUUCAUCCUGGUGGACGGACGGAGGCGGAGCCUGUCCGAAGCUCUCCAGGAAGGCCACCCGGACCGGCUGCAGGGCGGCCUGGAGGUGGGGGGGCGACUCUUCCUGCUGGACCUGGAGAAGAACCAUGACCUGCUGCCCAAACCGCCCAACGUCUUCUACUAUCUGCCCAACGGCACCGGGGUGUCUGUGACGGCCGACCCCGUGACUCACUGCUAUUACCACGGCAACGUCCGGGGGUUCCCACAGUCCAGGGUGGCUCUGAGCACCUGCUCCGGACUGCGUGGCGUCGUUGCUCUGAACUCCACCCUGAGCUUUGAGCUGCAGCCUCAGGACCAGCAGCGCCUCCGCCUGCAGGGAGACGGGGAGGACGGAGGAGGAGGCGCGAGUGGAGGAGGCAGCGGAGGAGGAGACGAUGAGGAGGUGCACCUGCUGUUCUCCACCGGCCCUCUGGAGGGCGACGGCGUGGGAGGCUGUGGGGUGUCGCACAGCCCCGUCCCCCCGAUCCACCGAGCCUCACACAGGACGAAGAGAGACAUCCUGUCAGAGACCAAAUACAUCGAACUGGUGCUGGUGGUGGAUCAUCAGGAGUUCCUGAACUACCAGAAGAACAAUAAGACCAUCAUCUACCGCAUGCUGGAUGUGGCCAAUCAGGUGGACUGGUUCUACCGCCCGCUGAACGUCCGGGUGGCGCUGACCGGCCUGGAGAUCUGGAGCGACCGCGACAAGAUCCGGGUGGAGAAGAGUCCGACCGACACGCUCAACAACUUCCUGUCCUGGAGGACCCGAGAGCUGCUGCCCCGCCUCCGCCACGACAACGCCCAGCUCGUCAUGGGAGAAUCUUUCGACGGGACCACGGUGGGGAUGGCCUCCCAGUCCUCCAUGUGCACCAGGGACCGGUCGGGCGGGGUCAACGUGGACCACCUGGUGAGCGUCCUGGGCGUGGCCUCCACCGUGGCUCACGAGUUGGGCCACAACCUGGGGAUGAGCCACGACACCGCCGAGCGCCGCUGCUCCUGCCAGAACGAGGCGCGGCUGGGCGGCUGCAUCAUGGAGCCCUCCACCGGGUUCAUGCCGGGGCAGCAGUUCAGCAGCUGCAGCGCCGCAGACCUGUCGCUCAGCCUGCUGCACGGCGGCGGCAUGUGCCUGUUCAACGUGCCGCAGCCCGAGCGCCUGCUGGGAGGGCCGCGCUGCGGGAACCUGUACGUGGAGAAAGGGGAGGAGUGUGACUGCGGCCUGCUGGAGGAGUGUGAAGACCCCUGCUGUAACGCCUCCACCUGUCAGCUGGUCCCUGGGGCGCAGUGCUCGUCCGACGGCAUCUGCUGCCAGGACUGCAAGCUACGAGUGGCGGGCUCGGUGUGUCGCGAGCCGCUCGGGGAGUGCGACCUCCCCGAGUUCUGCACAGGCUCCUCCCCCUACUGCCCCCCCAACGUGUUCCUGCAGAACGGCGAGCCCUGCGAGGACGGCGCCUCCUACUGCUACGGGGGAGUCUGCGCCAGCAUGCACGUGCAGUGCCAGAGUCUGUGGGGCCCCAAUGCCACCACAGCUCCGCCCGUCUGCUUCUCCUCCGUCAACAAGCAGGGAAACAAAUAUGGAAACUGUGGACAGCUGAGCAACGGCUCAUACAUCCCCUGUGGAAGCCUUGACGUGCACUGCGGCAGGAUCCAGUGUCAGGGAGGCUGGGAGCGCCCCCUGCUGGGCACCAAUGCAGAGAUCCUCACCACCACGGUGCGCUUCAACCACAGCGACCUGGUCUGCCGCGGGACCUUCUUCCACCUCGGGGACGACGUGUCCGACCCGGCCACCGUGGCCCAAGGGACGGCCUGCGGACCCGGCAAGGCGUGUCUGAACCAGAAGUGUCAGGACGUGUCGGUGUUCGGCGUCGACGAAUGUCGCAAGAACUGCCACGGUCACGGGGUGUGUAACAGUAAUAAGAACUGCCACUGUGAGCUGGGCUGGGCUCCUCCGGACUGCCGGUUCUCGGGUCACGGCGGCAGCGUGGACAGCGGACCGGCCCGGGCGGCUCACGAGUCAGACCCGGUGCGCGUUGCCCUGCUGGUCAUCUUCCUCUUCGUCGUUCCCGUGGUGCUCCUCUUCCUCGCUCUGCGUUUCCCUCGUUUCCGGAAAGCUCUCUUCUGCCUCGGACCCAACAGCCCGUUCCACAAAGCUCGCCAACACAACCGGACGCCGGCGACGGAGCGCGUGGACGGCCGGAACGGCGAGCAGGUCCGGCCCCUCAGAUACCACCUCAACCCCAACCCGGACCUGCCUUUGACCCCGCCCCUCAAAGAGGUUCAUGACAGACCUGCUCCUCCCACUAAGCCACUCCCCCCUGACCCCACCCAAAACCUUCAGCUGGUGAAAGAGCGCCCGGCUCCGCCCACCAAGCCUCUGCCCCCUGACCCCCCCUCCACCCCCUGCUCCAGCCAGCUUCUGGUGAGUCGACCAGCUCCGCCAAACAAGCCCCUCCCCCCCGACCCCAUCGCACCUGCACAGGUUUCUCUUCCGCUCAAACCCGUGGUGCCUCGGAAGCCCCGCCCCCUGGCCCUGCCCCCUCAGCCAGGCCCCGCCCCAAUCGCCAAGCUGCCCCACGGCGCCGUGGCCCCGGCCUCCGGGCCCAGCAGACGGCCUCCCCUUCCUCCCAUUCGUCCAUCGCUGCCUCACAGAGUUGAGUCGUCUCCUUCGCUCUGACCGAACGUCAAAGAAGACGACGAGACGAGGACACGAUGAAGAUGUGAUGUCGGAUUGUACCUGAACGCCUCGCUGUAGUGCCUUGCUCGGGACUCGCCCCUGUGCCUUUCUUCAGAUGGAGAUCGAACCGCUGACCCUCACCAGGACUAAUUGGUGAAGCGGUGUUCAAACUGUGGCGUUGGACCAUCUGCAGGACAAAUAAAGACUUUCAUUUAGUUGUGAAAUACUGAAGAAGGUUCAGUUUUUUAGCAUCUGAAGAACAAACUGAAGCUCCGUGGGAGGUCUGACCAGGAGAACCGGGAGGUUUGACCAGGAGAACCGGGAGGUUUGACCAGGAGAACCGGGAGAACCGGGAGGUCUGACGCUCCGUCGGAGGUUUUCUGAGAACUGUGAGGUCAAACUGCAGGAGACAUGAAGUGAAGAUUUUUUGGAAACGUCCUCUUUUUAUAUUUCAGCUGCAUAAUUUUCACUUCAUGUGUUAAAAUCAGACUAAACUGUUUUGUUUCAGAUCUUUUUUUGUUAAACAAACAAGGAGACAAACAGCAGAAAAAAGUCAUUAAAAACAAAAUCGCUUCUCUGAAAGGACUUCCUGUUUCCUGUUUAGUUUUGUUCAUUCAGAAUAAAUCUUAUUCACUC